CAACAACAACGCCCGCAACACCAUCCCCUCCAUCGCUCCCGCGGGCCGCACGCUCUCCACACCAUGGCGGGCGCCCCCGGCCUCAUCAAGCGCGCAUGGUACCAGUGGAAGAUGCAGCGCUUUCCAUGGCGCAAGCAGUGGCUCGUCGGCUUCGAUCUCCACGGCAACACGUUUUGGGAGUUCAAGGACGCUCUGCAUGCCCUGCGCAACCGCAGGAUUGCAAAGUACAGCCGCCGCACCCACUAUGGCGAUGUCAAAGUAUCGCCUGCAUGGCUGCAAUGGCUGCGACACACUCGCUUCGACCCGCCCACGCUCGCCGAGCAGCAGCAGGAUCUCGUGCGACAAGAGCGCAUCAAGCUGCUGGCUGCCCAGGCCGAUGCCAAAUGGGCUGCGAAGCCGUCGGCCCUGGAUGCGCCCGACAAGCAGCAGCCUGUGCAGCCGCUGCAGUCGGUAGGCGCUGAGAGCGCCAUCAUGCCCAUGAACGUCAACCACGACAUCCGCAACAGGGCCGCAGCGGAGCCAGCGGAGCCAGCGCGCCCAACCGCUCACAACCAGCCAAGUGGCGCGCCAGCACCCACGAGCGUGAAAAAGAAGCCCAAAAAGGAGCCCAAAAAGGAGCCCAAAGACUCGCCCUGGAACCAGCCGUCGCAGAGUCAAGACUGGCAGCCACAAGGGUGGACCCCAGCCCCCGCAAAACGCCGGACAUGACACGCUUGAGCCGUUGUAAAAAGAAAUACUGUGACAUUAUGAACCGCAUCUUCGUCGUAAAAGUCUUUAUCGCUCGGCUUGUGCAUCGUCAUCUGUUGUUUGCACUGGCUGAUACUCUGUUCACCGUUGACCAAUCAGAGCAAGAAUGGCACGUGAGUAGUUCGCUAUACAAACACAUCAAAUCUCUCUACUCC